AAGUUGACAUUUAGCGCCAAAGCUUGAGCUGGAAAAGAAACAAGUCAUGGAUGUUCGCAAAAUAAAGACAAAGGUUACUUCUGGUUUUAAAAUGAGGGGGCUCAUACUUCGUCCUGAAGCCAGUAAGUACCUUGUGGAAGUGCUGGAGUCAGUCGAUGGCUCUGAACUCGACGAUAUUAUUGAAAAGGUCCUGGAUGCAGUGGAAAAGCAGCCAUUGUCUUCCUCUAUGAUCGAGCUGCCUGUGGUGGAGAGUGCUGUGCAGGACUGCACUCAGUCCUGUGAAGACACCAUAGAUAACAUCUUUAACAUCAUUGGAGCGUUUGACGUGCCCAGGUACAUUUACAACGUGGAGAGGAAGAAAUUUGCCCCGAUCAGUAUGACCAGCCAUGCCGCCCCUAGUCUGUGUGCUUUAGCCAAAGACAAAGCUGAACUCUUCAGGGAACGCUACACAGUCUUACAACAGCGUACGCAUCGCCAUGAGCUCUUCACUCCACCAGCCAUAGGAGCUGCAGUUGAGGAAGGCCAAAACAAAUUUCAGCUGAGGACGAUUGAAGCUUUGCUCGGCAGCACAGCUAAACUUGGUGAGGUGAUUGUUCUCGGAAUGAUCACGCAGCUGAAAGAGGGUAAGUUUUACCUGGAGGACCCGAGUGGAACAGUCCAGCUGGACAUGUCCAAAGCACAGUUUCAUAAUGGGCUGUACACAGAAUCCUGCUUUGUACUGGCGGAAGGUUGGUAUGAGGACUCCGUGUUUCACGUCAACGGCUUCGGGUUUCCACCAACAGAGCCGUCAUCAUCUACAAGGGCGUACUAUGGCAACAUUAACUUCUUUGGCGGUCCAUCCUCCACGUCGGUAAAAGCUUCCUCUAAACUGAAGCAGCUGGAAGAGGAGAACGAAGAGGCCAUGUUUGUGGUCGUCUCUGACGUCUGGCUGGACAACGUGGAAGUGAUGGACAAGCUCAACCUGAUGUUCUCAGGAUAUGCUGCCAUGCCUCCCACCUGCUUUAUUCUGUGUGGAAACUUCUCUUCUGCUCCUUAUGGGAAAACACAGAUUAAAUCACUCAAAGAAUCAUUGAAGGCCCUUGCUGAUCUAAUUUGUUCAUAUCCCAGCAUUCACAGCAGUAGUCGUUUUGUGUUUGUUCCUGGUCCUGAAGACCCUGGUCCAAGCACCAUACUGCCAAGACCUCCCCUGGCAGACCACAUCACAGAGGAGUUCAAGCAGAGAGUGCCGUUCUCUGUGUUCACAACCAAUCCAUGCAGGAUCCAGUUCUGCAGCCAAGAGAUCGUCGUUAUCAGAGAAGACCUGGUCAAUAAGAUGUGCAGGAAUUGCAUCCGUUUGCCCAACAAUAAUCUGGACAUCCCAAAUCACUUUGUGAAGACCAUCUUGUCUCAGGGUCAUUUGACCCCCCUGCCUCUGUAUGUCAGUCCCGUAUUCUGGGCCUAUGAUUAUUCCCUGCGGGUCUAUCCGGUGCCUGACGUCAUUAUUUUUGCAGACAAGUACGAUCCCUUCAGCAUCACCAACACCGACUGCCUCUGCUUCAACCCGGGCUCAUUCCCCAGAAGUGGCUUCACAUUUAAGGUGUACUAUCCAUCCAACAGGACUGUUGAGGACAGCAAACUUCAAGGACUCUAA